UGAAUUAAACAUCUGCAACCAGGCCGGGAUUGUUUGCAGGAUGGGACUCAGCUGCUUUAAGUCAUGGAAAUAUGACAGCACAGGUCACAAAGGCAACAGAGACGUGCUGGCCAGCCCAGGCUCCUAUUUCUUCCUAUCUAACAGUGCAGGUCAAGGUGAUGAGUGGCUGAAGAGCCUAAACAAGGGAGUCUGGAUCCCUUUUACAGGAGUCUUUGGGCAACGUCUGGAGGAGACAGUUCUGUACGAGCGUCGGUAUGGGAUGCGCUUGGUUCCUCUGGUGGUGGAGCAGUGUGUCACCUUUAUCCGUGAACGGGGUCUGCACGAGGUGGGCUUGUUUCGCCAGCCUGGACGCACCAGUCUGGUGAAAGAGCUGCAGGAGGCUUUUGAUUCUGGUGAAAGGCCAUCCUUCGACAGCAACACAGACGUCCACACAGUAGCAUCACUGCUGAAGCUCUACCUCAGGCAGCUACCAGAACCUCUGGUUCCUUACAGCCAUUACCAGGACUUCCUGCUCUGCGGUCAGAAGCUGUUAAGUGACCGUACAGUGGGUCUGGAGGAGCUGAGGAAUCAUCUUCACGAGUUACCUGUAGCAAACUUCAACCUCCUCGACUUUAUCUGCCAGUUUUUAAAUGAGGUUCAGAGCUGCUCCAGCAGUAACAAGAUGAACGUUCAGAACUUGGCAACUGUGUUCGGGCCAAAUAUCCUUCGAGUCAAAGCUGAAGACCCGCAAAGCAUCAUGGGAGGUGCAAAACUGGUCCAGGUGAUCAUGUUAGAGCUGAUCAAAGAACAUGAAUCUCUGUUUGCCAAGUUUCUUCCUUCUGUCGGCGCUCAACCUUUUGGAAGUUCACAUGCAUCACCUUUGAGGCAGCCUCAUCUCCAGCCAAUGCCCUGCCUUCGUCAGCUGUCUUUGCCUCUUAUUGCAGACCACUCUAGUGAAUCAGGACAUGCAGCCGAGCACGCAGACCACCCCAGGUGUAUCUUCUCUGCUGGCGGUGAAUCAGACUUGCUCUCUGGACAGAAAAGACACCUCGGUCAUCGCUACACCUCCUCCCACCCAGAGAACUGUUUCUUCCCCUUGCCUUCCUCCACUGAGUCCAUCAAACCCCAUCCUGUUGGCCACAGAGGAGAUUAUAACAAGUACCAUAACGGCCAAGGGUCAUCUUCUGCAAAUGCUCAAGCAGCAACAACAAACUCUGAGUUACAAGGUGGAAGCUCGAGGCAGGGGAUGGUCCUGGGAUGGGAUGAAGGAUGGCCGCACCCAGAGAAUACAUCCUCUGCUUACUGGAGCGUUAAAAGGGCAGAGGAAGAGGGUGACGUUCAGGAAGUGGCCAGUAGGAGCAGCAGUCAGGCACAAGAGGAUAGUACGCCUUCUGCCUACGACAACCUGGACAGAACCUCUCUGCCUCACGCCAUGCAGAAUGUUCCCAUGGAGAAGUCUGGUUCGCCUGCUCCAGGAACAAAUGCUGAAAUGUGUGAAGCAGGGGCAGAUCAAGGACUGGGUAAGGAAGGAGAAUCCUCUUCCUCAUGGUCUUCCUGUGAAGUUCUUCCAUUAGAUGAGAACAAUGAUGAUCUGAGUGCAGAUAGUCCUUAUAUUCCACCAAAGAGAUCCAAAAUGUUGCCUUUGGGUCAGAAAAGAAAAAGGGAAAGCCGUGAAAAAGAUGAUCAUGAAGAUCAUGUUGACACUCACCAUCCCAGCUCCUGGGCUUCCUGUUCUGUCAUCAGCUUCAGCCCGCUCAGCACGGGGAGUUCUGAGGUUUUCCUCCCUUCAGGACCUCCACCUCUUCAGCUUCAAGAGUCUCACUUAGAGCUGAGGGAGAAUCAUUCACUGGUGGCCAAGCUAAGGCAGCAAAUGGCUCAGCAAAAGGCAGAGUACCAGAGCAGGAUUGAGAGGCUGGAGCGCAGCAACGAUGUCCUCGAAAGACAAGUGGCCGUCCUGCGGCUCAGUCUGGAGCAGCAGAGGAGAAGCCAGAGCGUCGCUGAGAUCAAAAUCAGAAACAUGGAGAGAGCCAAAGCAGACGCAGAGCGCUGGAACACCUCCCUGCAGAAAGAGAUGGAGCUGUUCUUCAGGAGAUACGGAGAAAUACGCAGAAGAGGAGGAGAGCUGGGAAGGAGGGGUGGAGGAAGUAUCUGAAAGUCAGAACGCCACUUUCUGUCAGCAGGACUGAAGGGAAGCUUCAGUUUGUAAAGAGGAGGCGGGUUAGAAACAGCCUGAUGAGUGGUAUGGUUUAGAGUACCAGUAAAGAAAAAAGAACAUAGUUCAUACUUUAUAUGAGAUUUGCUUAAAAAAAACUAUUAUUUCUAGUAUUCUAAGGCAACUUGGUCACCAAACUAAAGAAAGCUCUAGAUUCUCAGCAGAAAACUUCCACCUAACGCUGCCCAACCUUCUAUGAUGGUUUGUGAGGCGAGACGAUCCAGCAACAGCCUGGUAAAGCUAUUGCUUCUGAGGGCAAAUCUGCAAGCUUCUCCUAAAUCAGGGGUGGAUGAUUCCAGGUCCUGAUGGCCGCUAUCCUGCAACUGCUAGAUGGGAGUUUGGUUCAUCACACCUGAAUCAAGUAAUUAGAUGAUAGAGGGGACUCUGGAGGAACCUGAUCUCUGUUUAAUGGAUCGCUGAUUGACCAUAGAACGGGGUUGGAGCGAAGCCACCGGCCGCCAUAUUGGUACUCCCUAGUUAGACCAGUCGCAAUGUAAACAAUCUGUGCGCUGCAGCAGGCAUCCCCAACUUUGGUCCUCCAGGCCCGCUGUCCUGCAGGUUUUACAGGUUUCCUUUGCUCCAGCACAUGUGAUUUUAAUUGAACGCUUAUUAACAGGCUUUUGGUCUACUGCUGCCUUGCAGCAAGAAGGUUCCAGGUUUGAUUCCCGGUCCAGAGUCUCCAGCU